CGCGGCGGGGGCCGCUCCCUCCCUACGGCUCCGUAGGGCCGGCGGGGGAGCCGGACAGAGCCCCCUUUGCUCGGAGCCCCGCUCGCCUGCUGCUGCUGGGGGGCGGAGGGCAGCGGGCGGGAGGUGGAGACUGAGGAGGGGUGAGACUUGAGAGGCCGGUCCUGGGAAGUGCUACGUGUCUCCCAAGUCUUUAUACCGCCUUGCCCCCAGCGCCAGUCCUCCGAGCGCCGCCUGCCUCGUCCCCCGCCGCCAGCGCCAGCAGCACCAUGUCCGGGAGCAAGAAGCAGACGACGAAUAUCCAAAGAGCCACUAAUGUUGUAUACCAAGCUCAUCAUGUCAGCAGGAGCAAAAGAGGCCAAGUUGUGGGUACAAGAGGUGGAUUUCGAGGCUGCACAGUGUGGCUAACAGGUCUUUCUGGUGCUGGUAAAACAACUAUUGGCUUUGCUCUGGAAGAAUAUCUGCUGUCUCGUGGCAUGCCUUGCUACUCUCUGGAUGGGGAUAACAUUCGGCAUGGUCUGAACAAAAACCUAGGUUUCUCAACUGAUGAUCGAGAAGAAAACAUCCGCCGUGUUGCUGAGGUUGCCAAACUGUUUGCCGAUGCUGGUCUUGUUUGCAUAACUAGUUUCAUUUCUCCUUUUGCAAAGGAUCGUCAAAACGCAAGGGAAAUUCAUGAAAUGGCUGGUCUUCCUUUCUUUGAAAUCUUUGUAGAUGCUCCCCUAAAUAUUUGUGAAAGCAGAGAUGUGAAAGGCCUUUACAAAAAAGCAAGGGCUGGAGAAAUCAAAGGAUUCACUGGGAUUGAUUCAGAGUAUGAGAAACCAGAAUCUCCUGAACUAGUGUUGAAGACGAACAUUGCUACAGUGAAUGAAUGUAUCCAGCAGGUUGUGGAGCUGCUACAAGCACAAAAUAUUGUUCCCAAAACUGUGAUUAAGGAUGUUCUAGAACUGUUUGUACCUGAAAAUAAGAUUGACCAGACCCGAGCUGAUGCUAACAUGCUGCCUACUCUAGAGAUUACCAAGUUGGAUCUACAGUGGGUCCAAGUCCUGAGUGAAGGCUGGGCCACGCCACUGAAAGGAUUUAUGCGUGAGACAGAAUAUUUGCAAGUUAUCCAUUUUGGCACUCUCAGGAAUGGAAAGGGUAGAGUUGGUAUAGCUCUAGUUGAUGGCGUUAUUAACCUGAGCAUUCCCAUUGUGCUCCCUGUUGCUACGGAAGAUAAGAAACGUCUGGACGACUGCACUGCAUUUGCACUUGAGUAUAAUGGCCAAAGGGUAGCAAUCCUCAGAAACCCAGAGUUCUAUGAACAUAGGAAGGAGGAGCGCUGUGCGCGUGUGUGGGGGACAACCUGUGUGAAGCACCCAUAUGUCAAAAUGGUGAUGGAAAGUGGGGAUUGGUUGGCUGGUGGUGAUCUUCUUGUGUUAGAGAAAAUAAAAUGGAACGAUGGACUGGACCAAUACCGCUUGACACCACUGGAGCUCAAACAGAAGUUUAAAGAAAUGAAUGCUGAUGCUGUAUUUGCAUUUCAACUGCGCAACCCUGUCCACAAUGGUCAUGCUCUGCUCAUGCAGGACACCAAAAGCCAUCUGCUGGAAAGAGGUUACAAACAUCCAGUGCUUCUGCUGCACCCUCUGGGAGGCUGGACCAAAGAGGAUGAUGUGCCACUAGAGUGGCGAAUGAAGCAGCAUGCAGCUGUGCUUGAGGAACAUGUCCUAGACCCAAAGUCAACUAUUGUUGCAAUCUUCCCUUCUCCCAUGUUGUAUGCUGGUCCAACAGAGGUUCAAUGGCACUGCAGGGCUCGAAUGAUUGCUGGAGCCAAUUUCUACAUUGUGGGCCGAGACCCUGCAGGCAUGCCCCAUCCAGAGACCAAGAAAGACUUGUAUGAGCCCACACAAGGAGGGAAGGUCUUGAGCAUGGCACCAGGCCUGGCCUCUGUGGAAAUCAUUCCCUUCAGAGUUGCAGCAUACAAUAAAGUAAAAAAGGCCAUGAUUUUCUACGAUCCAGAAAGGCAUGAUGAAUUUGACUUCAUCUCUGGAACACGCAUGCGAAAGCUUGCUCGGGAAGGCGAAAAUCCACCUGAUGGGUUCAUGGCCCCAAAAGCUUGGAAAGUCUUAACUGAAUACUACAAAUCACUGGAAAAAAAUAUUCAUUCUAUUUUUCCUCAAAAAUAUGUGUAUUAAGAGUGAGCUCUGAUUGAUUGACUGUAUUACAGAUCACUUAGUUUGCAUUUUCAAUACCCUAAUGCUAGGAUAGAACAUUUUCUAAUAGGAUCAAACUGUUUUUGAAUGUAUGUAUUUUGGGCCUGGCCCUUCUCCCACUAAAUUAUUGGGAAUUUUCCUUUCAACCUCAAAGGAAGCAGCAGCAGGUCUGUUAUUUAUAGCAGAAUAUGGCUCUAUAUGAUGAUUGUCCAAAGCCAUAUUAGGACUGGCCAGUUGGACAUCUUUAGUGAUGUCAUAGUGGUACACCAACCCCCAAAGGUGCACAGUUUGACCUUAUAGCUAUGAUGUAGUUACGUAUCCCUUAUGCUCUUUAAAUCAGUUACAAGCUGGAAAUAGGAAAUAAAUGAUUUACUGUAUUCCCCUUAUUCCUUAAGAAGCCCAUCUUCUGCGAUGGGCAGAAGGAUUUUCUUUAGCACAUACAUGGGUUUCUGUUGUCCACCACAGACCCCUUUCUUUCUAAUGCCUCCUACUGAAACUUGGACUUUUCAGUCAAGAAACUGAAUUAAGCUUUAUUGCAGCUCCAAGUUUAGCUUUCUACAUAAGAGACAAUUUAAAGCAGCCCAGCUUGAGUGCCACGGUGAGGCUGGGAAAAGUGGUGCUUUAACUUUUGAGUCCUGCACUGAGGGCUCCCAGUGGCACUUUCCCUCCCCAGCCAGAACUGAAGGGGAGCUGGCCUGCUUUGACUGCAGGAAGCUGUACUAGGAGAUGCAGGAGGCCCUUAGACUGCUCUCACUUCAUCCAUUUUAUACCAGUGUAAUUCCACUGACCAGAGUGGAGUUAUUUCUGAUUUACACUAGUGUAUGUGAUUUGAGAAUCAGGAUCCCAGUUCAACUUAUUGAAUAAAGAGGCCAAGUUUAGGUGGGGACAGUUUAAAAUAGUGUGUUCACACUCUAGACUGUCAAGCUAGCCCCUCUUUCUGGCCACUUUCUAUCACAAAAGCUAAUUUAGUCAAAUAUAAUGCUUCCACUUUCCAAUAGAAAAAGGAAACAAACUGGCCACAACCUGUUCCUGAAAGGCCAUUUUGGCUCCAGGAGGUUGGGAAGGGUGUUUCUGAGAAAGCUAGAAAAAUUACUUUGCUAUGCAGUAAAAAUUUUAGAGAGAGUGUUUAACACCCAUUCCCUUGCUUAUGCUUUCCAUACAGGAAGGCUAGCCCCUGCUGCAUGCGCCCCCCCCCCCAUCACCCUUCAGAAAGGUUAGCUUUAAACAUGUUUUGUUUUUUUCUACAAAUUAAGCAUAUUUACUGGAACUGCAGUAAGCCCCUCCAGGACGUGGAUUAACUGAGUAUGGAAGAAGACACUCUCCCAUCAGUUUCAUGCCCAUAAUGUACACGUCAUAGACCAACAGCCUAUUAAUGCCCCUCCAUGUUGCAGCUUACUGAUAUUCUAAAGAGGAAAAAAAAUAAGGCACAUUUGUUUUAUCACCGUCUACCAGAGAUUGGGGCGAGGGUGAGGAACAGCUGGCUGCAGCUCUGUUUAGCAAAAACAGUAAUGAAAAUGGCAGAUGGGAAAAUUAUGAUUAAUUGUACGUGCCUCUUUAAUGGAGAGUGUGUAUGUUGCCUGUUGUUGCUUCAUGUUGUAAUCUGGGAGAGGGGCUACGAUUUCCAGGUGCUAUUUGACUGGGGUGAUGUUGGGGUUUUUUCCCAUCCGGCCAGGAGGUUGCAACAGUUCUUUUGGACAUGGGUCUGGCUACUGUGAUCAAUUCUUGUUUGCCACCUUGUGAUUACUAAAGUGAACUCUUCUGAGAGCUGUACCAUAAAUCCAUCUGGAAACGUAAGCUGGUGCAGGAUGUGGCUGAUCACUGGGAAAGCACGCUCAGAAUGCACACACUAUAUUAGUCUUCCAAUCUGCAUUAGUGGCCAUUGUGUUUCUGGGUGAUGUUGAGGUUGUUGGCUUCGAUCUAGAAAGCCCUGAUUGGCUUGGAAUCUCCCUAUGUGAGAAGUCACCUCUCUUCCCUGCACCGUAUUGCCAUAUUUGUAGUCAGCAGAGGCAUUGUAUACACUGGAGACUCCUCAGUCUAGAAGAGAAGGAAGGGUUAACAGGUUGUCCCUGUGGAGACCCAGGCCUAGACUUUGUAACUCACUACUUCCCUCAGAUAUGCCCAAAUCUUAGGCUUUGGAGCAUGUUCUAAGUCAACCUACUUUCAUGGGCUUCUGGGAAGAAGAAAACAUAUGAGAGUUGCUGAAGUAAUGGUUGGUAUUUACUGUAGACUUGUAGGAGCUUAUUACCUCCAUGAACAUGAUAGUGUUGUUCAUUUUCUAAGGAAAAUAUGCACAGUUAUUGUAGGAAUUAAUAUAAGUGAUUUCUGUCUCUGAUCUUGCAGAUAUCUAUAUCUAUAUCUAUAAAUCAGAAUACUUUAAUGGGUGUCCAAAAACUGGUUAAAAGGUGUUGAAAAUGAAAUUAAUUCUUCUCAUUUUGCAGUUUAAUUAUAAAAAAAAAUCUAUACAUAGUAAAACAAUCAUGCUUCUGCUUGUAAUUUAGUUUAGUAAAAUAUAUAAAGUGAAAUUGUUUUGCUGUGCCCGUUGUGCAAUGCACAUAAUUACAGAAGCUAUUCAAAAUGUUAUUUUAAAGCAUUUUACUUUUCAAAUGUUUCCAGCUUCUUAUUGCUUUUAAAAAUCUAGAGUAAGGAACCAAAAGUUGUAUUAUACCUCAAAAAAUUAAUACUACAAAUGUAACACUAGAAGCUAAAAAUAUAUUAAACAAUAGUGCCUUUUAUAUUCAGGCCCUCUGGCAGGGACCUGAAAGAUAAAAGUAAUACUGUGACUUAUAAUUAAUAUUUGAUAUUUUAAAUAAUGAUGUCACAUUUUUUUAACCUUAAAACAAAGAAAUGGUCUGUGAAAAAGCAGUAAAACCAAAUGAUUACAGCAAACCAAAAAUUAUUCCUUUAAAAUAGUGGAGUACACUGAGUCCAUUCGCUAGUAUUUUUAUAGUAUAUUUAUUAAAGACUGGAAUUUGUGCCUGGACUGAUGCAUCGCAUGAUUCAUAAUAUAUUCUGAACUUGAUACUCUAUUAAACAUUUACUUUUAGUACAACUAUAUAUUUCUCUGUCUAAAUA